AUGUCGAAGGACGACGCGCCUGCACCCGCGACUUUGGGGGAGAUCGGCAAAAAUGAGGAUGUCAACACACAUGAGGAAUACCACAAGCCAGACCCAAUCACCAAAGGCAUGGACAAAGCAGCCGAACUGUUGGCCUCGAAUGAGCGCAUCAUUGUAACGCCCGAGGAGAACAAACGCGUCCUGCGGAAAAUUGACCUUGUCUUGCUUCCCAUAUUGCUCUCUGUAUACUUCCUCCAGAGUCUGGACAAGACGACACUCUCAUACGCCUCCGUCUUUGGACUCAUCGAAGAUGCGAACCUCGAUCCAGACUCCGAUCAGUUCUCAUGGCUUGGCUCGAUCGUGUAUAUCGCCCAGAUGGUGAUGCAGCCUCUGGUGGCCCUGCUGCUGGUCAAGCUGCCGAUCGGAAAGUUCCUCGGAGUCAUGGUGUUUACCUGGGGAGCUAUCCUCUGCGGUAUGGCUGGUGCGAAGAAUUUCGGUGGGCUCAUGGGGACUCGGUUCUUGUUAGGUGCUUUCGAGGCUGCGGUUGCCCCGGCGUUCAUCGCAAUUGUACAGAUGUGGUACAAGCGCUCCGAGCAAACCAAUCGCAACGCCGCCUGGUACGCAAUGCUUGGAAUCGUCAACAUAUUGGGCAGCCUUCUAUCCUAUGGCCUGGGUCAUAUCAAGUCCGACUUGCUGCACUCGUACCAGAUCAUCUUCCUCUUCUGCGGUCUGCUCACCGUCGUCGUUUCCGUCUUCGUAUAUAUCUUCACGCCAGAUUCACCCAUGGAAGCCAAAUUCCUCAAGGGUAGUGACAAACUGAUCGCGGUUGAGCGGUUGCGUAUGAACCAGAUGGGUGUCGCGUCCAGGGUCUGGAAGUGGGACCAUGUCCUCGAAGCAUUCAUCGACCCGAAGACGUGGCUGUGGUUCCUCAUGCUUACUGCUGUCUCUAUUCCCAGCGGUGGCAUCACAACCUUCGGUCCUCUUAUCAUCCAGUCGUUCGGCUUCGGGAAGUUCGCAACCAUCCUCUUCAACAUGCCCUUUGGUGCUGUCCAGAUCAUCGCCACUAUCGGCGGCGCUUGGCUCGCUACCUGGCUGAAGAAGAAGUCGCCCGUCCUCAUUCUGCUCUGCAUCCCACCUAUUGUCGGUAUCGUUGUGCUGAUGGUCGUCGGCCGUGAGAAACAGCACCGUGGCGUACUGCUCUUCGGAUACUAUAUGACUUCGUUCUACCCAGGCAUCUCUCCGCUCAUCUAUUCGUGGUCUGGACAAAACACCGGAGGCGACACCAAGCGCAAGGUGACGACCAGCAUCCUGUUCGUCGGAGCCAGCGCUGGCAAUAUCAUCGGUCCACACCUGUUCAAGCCUUCAGAAAAGCCUUACUACAGGCGAGGUCUCCGCGCUAACCUCGGUCUAUUCAUCGCUAUCAUUGUCUUUGUCGUGCUGGCUGUGGUGUGGAUCACGAUGCUGAAUCGCAAGCACGCCGCUGAGCGAGAGCGUCUUGGAAAGUCGGCAAAGGUCAUCGAUCUGAGCAUGGAGACAAGCGAACAGCUGGAGGGUGAGGAAGCGGUGAGCGCGAGCCAAGGAGGUGUCGGUGAUAAGGCAUUCGAUGACAUAACUGAUAUCAAGAACGAGGACUUUAUCUAUCUGUACUGA